AUGGCAUUAUCACGAAGCGCGCAGGUCUGGCGGUUGCCUGUUGUGUUGCUGUUGUUUAUAUUCGCAUUUGCGACCGUUUCGAUAGCUGAAAGCAUAAAACAAUCAGCUUCCCAGGGUCGAGAAACAGGGGAGCCGUUUUAUGAGCCCAAGAACCAACAUGCUAUUCAUGAUACUCCAUCACCAUCCCAAGAGACCUCGAACGAAACCCCCAAAGACACGCCCAGCUAUUCCCUCGCCGAGACCAACAUCCUGCGCGAUCUUCACUCUACCCUCUCUACGAUGCAAGACCACUACUUCGAGGUAUGGCUCGGUAAAUACACAUCAGCCAUAGACUGGACGGGCGCUGUGAUGUCCACGUACGUCUCUUCUACCCUCUCCUCGCUUUCCCGCUCGCUCUCCUACACGAUGCCCGGAACAUUCGACAAGAGUCGGAAACUGGAUGUCGAGGCGCAGAGGGUCGAGAACGAGAUAAACAAGUACUUUGCGCAGACUUCUGCCUACUACUUUGGCGAAGAUCACUUUGCGAUAAGGAUGCAAGCUUUCGAUGACAUGCUAUGGGUAGUGUUGGGUUGGCUGGAGGCCACAAGAUUCGUUGAAAGCCAUUCCGUUGGACACUACACGCCUAACAAAGCUGGAGGAAAGGAAUGGCAUGCGUCCCAGUUCGUACCCGCUUUUUCACAUCGCUCGCGCGUGUUCUAUGAAUUGGCAGAAAAAGGGUGGGAUUGGAGACUUUGCGGAGGUGGAAUGACGUGGAACCCAAGUUUAUUGCCAUACAAGAAUGCGAUUACGAACCAGCUAUUCAUCUCAGCAAGCAUCAGCAUGUAUCUCCACUUUGCUGGAGACUCGAAUUGCUCGCCUUUCAUCUUGCAGCAUGGCAAGUCGCGGCCGCAUGAGGAUCAACUAUACGACGACUGCGACAGCAAGAAUCGAGAACGCUACGAUCCUGUGUAUCUUGCGAACGCACUGAAUGCUUACAACUGGCUCAAACAGAGUAACAUGACCAAUGCCCAAGGCCUCUAUGUGGACGGCUUCCAUAUUGGCGGAUAUCGCACAAAUCAUAGCAAGACGACAUGCGAUGAGCGAAAUGAGAUGGUGUAUACGUACAACCAGGGUGUUCUCCUCUCUGGUCUCAGAGGCCUGUGGGAGGCCACAGGGGAGACUUCGUACCUUGAAGACGGGCAUGAACUUAUUCGGAAUGUAGUGUGGGCUACCGGUUGGAAGAAAACCAAAUCGUACACACCUUCUUCCACGAGAUUGACGCAGGAAAACGAUAAGAACGCAGCAGAUGGUCAAGAUGUCAUAUCUAACGAAUGGGCCGGUCUGGGCUACAAUGGUAUUCUUACAGAACUGUGUGAUCCAUCUGGUCACUGCAAUCAAGACGGGCAAACCUUCAAGGGCAUCUUCUUCCACCACCUCACAGCCUUUUGCGAACCCUUGCCCACUCGCCCAACCAGGCUAGGGAAAACACACGCAGCGAGUCGCGAAGUAGCCAUGCUACAUGACAACAGCUGUAGAGGGCAUACCGCCUGGGUCGUACACAACGCGCAAGCCGCCCUCAAAACGCGAGACUCGGAAGGCAAAUUCGGAUGCUGGUGGGGUGCUCCUGAAUUCACGCCCCCCAGCCAAUCGGCGUCCCGUCUCAUCCCUGUGUUGCCAGAGAACGCAACCGAUUAUCGCAAUGUUCACGUGCAUUCUUAUGAUGAUUUGUACACGGAGAUCAGUCUUGAUGAGAGAAUUGGUUGGUUUCAAUACGACAGUGAUAAGACAGCGACACGAAAUGGCGGCGAUCUCAAUGAUCGGGGAAGGGGGAGAACGGUUGAGACUCAAGGCAGUGGACUUGCUGUUGUAAGAGCUAUGUGGGAGUUUUUGAAGAGAACGGAUGGUAACAUGUAA